AUUCACAAAUCACAAAAUUUAUUCUAGCAGCCAUUUUUGAAAUCUUUCACGCUUUUUUUCUAAUGUUCUUUAUCUUAGAAAUUGUUUUCGACAAUAGUCUACCUUGUGAUUGUAGGAUUUCAAAAUUCAGAAUGGAGUGAAGAAAGAAUAUGUCGAACACUAACAGAGAGUGAAGUGAUGUUGCUCUUUGUCCCAAAUGAUCCUAAAUCAGAUUUGAAGCUUAAAGUUCAGACUCACAACAUCAAAAGUCAAAAAUAUACCAAACAAGGAUCAAAUAAACCUCCUUGGCUCAAUCUGACCAAUAAGCAGGGAAGAAGUCAUAUCUUUGAGUUUGAAAAUUAUCCUGACAUGCAUGCUUGCCGUGAUUUCAUCACUAAGGCCCUUGCUAAAUGUGACGAGGAGUCUAACAAAUCAGUUGUCUCUACACCUGCUGAGAAACUUAGUAUGGCAGAAUUUGAGCUACGCUUCAAGCUUCUUCGAGAAAAUAGUGAGUUGCAGAAAUUGCAUAAGCAAUUUGUGGAAAGUAAAGUCCUGACGGAAGAUGAAUUCUGGUCUACAAGGAAGAAAUUACUUGGUAAAGAUUCCAUUAGAAAGUCAAAACAACAGAUGGGGCUUAAAAGCAUGAUGGUUUCAGGCAUCAAACCAUCUUCUGAUGGGCGGACUAAUCGGGUGACGUUUAACUUAACGUCUGAGAUAAUUUUUCAGGGUCGGGAUAAGUUUAUAUGGUCAAUGGUGUUGACGUUGCAAUUGGUGAUAUAUUGGGUCAUAAACUCAUUAGUCAUUACUAGAUGUUCAGAUUUUGCUGAGAAGCCGGCUGUUCGGCAGGCAUUCAUAGAUUAUGUUCCAAAAAAGAUGACAGAAAAGGACUUCUGGACAAAAUAUUUUAGAGCAGAAUAUCUUUACAGCACAAAAAAUACAGCAGUAGCUGCAGCAGAAGCUGCUGAGGAUGAGGAACUCGCUGUCUUUCUGAAGCCUGACGAGAUAUUGGCUCGGGAAGCUCGUCAAAAGAUGAGACGGGUUGAUCCAACUCUUGACAUGGACGCUGACCAGGGAGAUGACUACACUCAUCUUAUGGACCAUGGGAUCCAGCGCGAUGGCACCAAUGACGCUGUUGAACCACAGAAUGACCAGCAUAGGAGGUCACUUUUACAAGAUCUUAAUCGCCAUGCUGCUGUUGUAUUGGAAGGAAGAUGCAUCGAUGUUGAGUCAGAAGAUACGAGGAUUGUUGCAGAGGCUCUCACACGGGCGAAACAAGUAAGCAAAGCUGAUGAUGAAAUCACUAAGGACGCUAACCAGGAGAGGUUGGAGAGAAUGUCCCGUGCAGCAGAGAUGGAGGAUCUUCAAGCACCACAAAACUUCCCACUAGCCCCACUCUCUAUCAAGGACCCUCGUGAUUACUUUGAAUCUCAACAAGGAAACGUCCUCAGUGAACCCAGAGGAGCAAGGGCAUCAAAGAGAAAUGUAUAUGAAGCUUAUGGAUUACUAAAAGAAUCCAUUUUGGAGAUUAGAAUGACGGGAUUAAGUGAUCCGUUGAUUAAACCUGAAGUUUCCUAUGAGGUUUUCAGUUCGUUGACCCGAACUAUCUCAACUGCCAAAAAUAUUAUCGGGAAGAACCCACGGGAGAGCUUUCUGGACAGAUUACCAAAGUCCACUAAGGAUGAAGUUAUACAUCACUGGACAUCAAUACAGGAAUUACUGAGACAUUUUUGGUCAUCUUACCCGAUAACAACAACAUAUCUUAAUACCAAGGUUGCUAAACUGAAGGAUGCAAUGUCCAAUACUUAUUCACUACUCGAUGCAAUGAAACAGUCGGUGCAGUCUGAUCUCCGGCAUCAGGUUUCGUUACUAGUUCGUCCAAUGCAACAGGCUCUUGAUGCUGCGUUCCAACACUACGAAUCAGACUUGCAGAGAAGAACCGCUAAGAUUGCAUAAAGAACGUUUUGUACUUGGAAGAGCUUUUAUUUGACUUAUAAUUAAACAUUGGACUAAACAUUUAAAUUUUCU